GGAAGGAAGUGUGUUCGCGGAUGGAGCGAAAGCAGGGGGAGGAGUUUAUAAGCGACCAUUAAAGGCGCGUCAAGCCCUGUAUGAUUGCAUCCUGUUUGUUUGCCAGCUGCGGACUGUUGUUCUGUGUGGAGAUACAUCUGUUAAAACAACGCGAUGGCUGACCAGUUGACAGAAGAGCAGAUUGCCGAAUUCAAAGAGGCUUUCUCACUCUUUGACAAGGACGGUGAUGGCACCAUCACAACUAAAGAGCUGGGUACUGUCAUGCGCUCUCUCGGACAGAACCCGACGGAGGCUGAGCUGCAAGACAUGAUCAAUGAAGUGGACGCUGAUGGAAAUGGGACGAUAGACUUCCCAGAGUUCCUGACCAUGAUGGCGAGGAAGAUGAAGGACACAGACAGCGAGGAGGAGAUCAGAGAAGCAUUCCGUGUCUUUGAUAAGGAUGGGAACGGGUACAUCAGCGCAGCUGAACUGCGUCACGUCAUGACAAACCUUGGGGAAAAGUUGACCGACGAAGAGGUUGACGAGAUGAUCAGAGAAGCAGACAUUGACGGAGACGGACAGGUUAACUACGAAGAAUUUGUACAGAUGAUGACGGCGAAAUGAAGGCCUUGUACAGAUCCUCUCUCUUCUAUAAAUAAUUUGCCUUUUUCUGUUUAAUUUAUCUGUAAAACGUUAAGUCCCCCUCCCCUUCCUCCUCCCGGCUGUCCAAAGGAACUGCAUGUAAACUGCAUAGGAUCUUCAGUCCUCAUGUCCCUUUCUUUUGCUGUCAUCGUGUUUUUGGAGUGGCGGUGCGGUUACACGAUCAGGUGCUUGUUGCCGCGAAGAGGGGGUUGUGACGUGCAAAAAAAACGUACGUCACGUCUGUCUGCCCCCCUCAUGCGUAGCAAGAGUGGAGACCUGUCAGCUGGUUGUCUCUUGGCAGCGACGUUGGCAUGGCAUCAAUGUAGAGAAGUAACUCUGCAUGGACUAUGGACAAAGUAUAUAAUAUAUAUAUGAAAUUUCUCAGCAUUGCACUACUGCAAAAAAAAAAAAAAAAAAGAAAAA